CCCGGCGUCCUCGGUAAGGGCAGUCUGAGACCGAAGAAGAGCUGGUGCAGACUGGUAGUGAGUGGGACCCCCCGCUGCCAUGCCGGACCCUUACGACAAGGACGUGUACCCUGAACCCCCGCGCCGCACCCCAGCGCCCUCGCCGCAGACGUCGCUCCCUAAUCCCAUCACCUACUUGACUAAGGCCUUCGACCUCCUCGUGGAUCGGCCUGUGACCCUUGUGAGAGAUUGUAUAGAGCAGCAGCGUGCCAAGAACAGAUACUACUACUAUCACCGGCAGUUCCGCCGUGUGCCAGAUAUUACAGAGUGCCAGGAGAAAGAUGUCCUCUGCAUGUUUGAAGCGGAAAUGCAAUGGAAAAGAGACUACCUGGUUGACCAACAGAUUGUCAGUAUCAUCCAAGAGAGGCUUAAGGCCUGUCAGCAGAGGGAAGGAGAAAGCUACAAGCAGAAUUGUGCAAAGGAGCUUGAACAGUUUGCCCAAGUGACUAAGGCCUACCAAGACCGCUAUAAUGACCCAGGAGCCUAUGAUUCUGCCAGAAAAUGCCUGGCAAAGCAGAAGCAGAGGAUGCUGGCAGAGAGAAAGGCUGCCAAGGAGGCUGCAGCCUGAAGCCUAACCUGAGCACCCCUUGACUAACCCUUGUUACAUUGCUGAAAUAAAGUGGUUUGCCUUGC